ACUGUGGUAAGAAUGUCUUUCCCCCCUCAUUUGAAUCGCCCUCCCAUGGGAAUCCCAGCCCUCCCACCAGGGAUCCCACCCCCACAGUUUCCUGGCUUUCCACCACCUGUACCUCCAGGGACUCCAAUGAUUCCUGUACCAAUGAGCAUUAUGGCUCCUGCUCCAACUGUCUUAGUACCCACUGUGUCCAUGGUUGGAAAACAUUUGGGAGCACGGAAGGAUCAUCCAGGCUUGAAGGCUAAAGAAAAUGAUGAAAACUGUGGUCCCACUACUACAGUUUUCGUUGGCAACAUCUCUGAAAAAGCCUCAGACAUGCUUAUAAGACAGCUCCUUGCUAAAUGUGGCUUGGUUUUGAGCUGGAAGAGAGUACAAGGCACAUCUGGAAAACUUCAAGCCUUUGGAUUCUGUGAGUAUAAGGAGCCUGAAUCAACCCUCCGUGCACUCAGGUUAUUGCAUGACCUGCAGAUUGGAGAGAAGAAGCUACUUGUUAAAGUUGAUGCAAAGACAAAGGCACAAUUGGAUGAAUGGAAAGCAAAGAAGAAAGCUUCUAAUGGGAAUGCCAGGCCAGAAACCGUCACUAAUGAUGACAAAGAAGCCUUAGAUGAAGACACAAAGAGAAGAGAUCAGACGAUCAAAGGGGCCAUUGAAGUUUUAAUACGGGAAUACUCCAGUGAGCUCAAUGCCCCCUCGCAAGAAUCUGACUCUCACCCCAGGAAGAAGAAGAAGGAAAAGAAGGAGGACAUUUUUCGCAGAUUUCCAGUGGCCCCACUGAUCCCUUAUCCACUCAUCACUAAGCAGGAUAUAAAUGCUAUAGAAAUGGAAGAAGACAAAAGAGACCUGAUAUCCUGAGAGAUCAGCAAAUUCAGAGAACACAAGAAACUGGAAGAAGAGAAAGGCAAAAAGGAAAAAGAAAGACAGGAAAUUGAGAAAGAACAGAGAGAAAGAGAGAGGGAGUGUGAAAGGGAACGAGAAAGGCGAGAACGGGAACGAGAAAGGGAAAGAGAACGCGAACGAGAAAAGGAGAAGGAACGGGAGCGAGAACAAGAAUGGGAUAGGGAUCGUGACCGGACAAAAGAGAGAGAUCGAGAUCGAGAUCGAGAGAGAGAUCGGGACCGUGAUCGAGAAAGGAGUUCAGAUCAGAAUAAGGAUCGCAGUCGAUCAAGAGAAAAGAGCAGAGAUCGUGAAAGGGAACGGGAGAGUAAAGAGAGAGAGAGAGAGAGAGAGAGAGAACGGGAACAAGGAAGAGAACGAGAGCGAGAAAGGGAACGGGAGCGCGCGAGAGAAAAAGACAAGAAGCGGGACCGAGAAGAGGAUGAAGAAGAUGCAUAUGAACGAAGAAAACUUGAAAGAAAGCUCCGAGAGAAAGAGGCUGCUUAUCAAGAGCACCUUAAGAACUGGAAAAUCAGAGAACGAAAGAAAACCCAGGAGUAUGAGAAAGAGGCUGAAAGAGAAGAAGAAAGAAGAAGAGAAAUGGCAAAAGAAGCUAAACGACUAAAAGAAUUCUUAGAAGAUUAUGAUGAUGAUAGAGAUGAUCCCAAAUAUUAUAGAGGAAGCGCUCUUCAGAAAAGGUUGCGUGAUAGGGAAAAGGAAAUGGAAGCAGAUGAAUGGGAUAGGAAGAGAGAGAAGGAAGAGCUAGAGGAAAUCAGGCAGCGCCUUUUGGCCGAAGGGCACCUGGAUCCAGAUGCAGAGCUCCAGAGGAUGGAACAAGAGGCUGAGAUGCACAGACAACCACAAAUAAAGCAAGAACCAGAAUCAGAGGAAGAGGAAGAAGAAAAGCAAGAAAAAGAAGAAAAACGAGAGGAACCCAUGGAAGAGGAAGAAGAGCCAGAGCAAAAGUCCUGUCUCAAACCAACUCUGAGGUCCAUCAGUUCUGCCCCAUCUGUUUCCUCUGCCAGUGGCAAUGCAACUCCCAACACUCCUGGAGAUGAGUCUCCCUGUGGUAUUAUUAUCCCUUAUGAAAAUUCACCAGAUCAACAACAACCUGAGGAGCAUAGGCCAAAAAUAAGACUGAGUCUUAAACUGGGUGCUUCCAAUAGUCCUGGUCAGCCUAAUUCUGUGAAGAGAAAGAAACUACCUGUAGAUAGUGUCUUUAACAAAUUUGAGAAUGAAGACAGUGAUGAUGUACCCCGAAAAAGGAAACUGGUUCCCUUGGAUUAUGGUGAAGACAAUAAAAAUGCUGCCAAAGGCACUGUGAACACUGAAAAAAAAGCGCAAACACAUUAAGAGUCUCAUU